AUGACACUUGAAUUUCCUUCUUUUCGUGAGAAAAAACUUCCUGGUGAUAUCAAAAUCGUUUGGCCAACAGUGAAUUUCCAAAAUUCUGUUUUUCUUGAUCGAAUCGUAGGUUCACUUGUUGGCCUAGCGGUAGGAGAUGCACUUGGAGCAAGCGUCGAAUUUCGCCCUCAACAAUAUCUCGCCACCCAUCCUCUUAGAGACAUGAUUGGCGGAGGCACAUGGGGUUUACAAGCAGGUCAGUGGACCGAUGAUACUUCAAUGGCUCUAUGCCUUGCUUCCUCACUUAUUACUCAAAAUGGCUUCAAUCCUUAUGACCAGAUGGUUCGUUACAAAUGGUGGUAUAAAUAUGGGUAUUUAUCUUCGACGGGGCAAUGUUUCGACAUUGGUAACGCAACGCGUACUUCAUUGGAAGAGUUUUACGAUCGUCAGAUGCGACUAAAGAGAGACCUAAGCUGUCAAACCGAAUUAGAGGUUGAUGAAUUGCCCCUAGAUUUCAUUAAUCAUGUACAAUUUGAUGUCAAUUGUAGUGCACAAGGCAUUGCUGGAAAUGGAGCUCUGAUGCGUCUUGCCCCUGUACCACUUUUCUUCUACCGAAAACCUGCCGUGGCUGUCGAGUUUUCAGGCCAAAGUGCUCGUCUUACGCAUGGCGGUGAUGUAGCAUUCGAUGCAUGUCGUUACUAUGGAGCUUUGAUUGCUGCUGCUGUUAGCGGUGAAUCUAAAGAAAAUCUAAUCAGCAAUCAAUUUUAUGAUAGUCAUCAAGUUUGGUUUAGUUCGAAGCCUCUUCAUGAUGACAUCAUUCGUAUCGCCAGAGGAUCUUUCAAACGACGAGGGGGUUAUAAAGAUGGAAUUCGAGGCAAAGGACACAUUAUUUGGGCACUUGAAGCAGCAUUGUGGGCAUUCUGGAGUACAGAUACAUUCGAAAAAGGUGCACUCAAUGCUGUUAAUCUAGGAGAUGAUACAGAUACUACAGCAGCUAUUUAUGGCCAAUUAGCAGGUGCAUGCUAUGGUUAUCGCAAUAUUCCAACAAAGUGGGUACACAAAUUAUACGCUAAUGAAUUAAUCAAAUGCGUCGCUGAGUGGAUACACUACUUGGGCCUUUUAGAGAGUCAACUGUCCGAAGAGGAAAAACGAAAUCGCAAUGGAAAUCAUCUAUCCGUACCAUUAACACAUCCUUACUAUAUGAACACGACAGAUUCGAGACAACUAAUUCCAUCCAUUAAUGGAAAAAAAAUUGGAAAAAACCCACAUCAUAGGCGUUCCAAGUCUGCUCAGAGGCGUUCAGGCUUCAACAACCUAUUUCAUGCAUGUACUAGAGGGAGUAACACCGAUGAUUGA